AUGUACUCCAUAUCACUACCAGAGUCACAAAUUGAUGAGUACAAAGCCUCGAUUCGCUUCUUACGAGCCGUCUAUUCUCCUCUUGAACUUGUGAUCGCCGGCAACCAUGACUUGACUAUGGACACCCCAAUCUUCCAGAGAAAAGCGGCAGAAUCCCAACCCUUGGAUCCUCAACUAAUUCAGAAAUUUUAUGGCAACUACGGAGAAGCUCGAGAGUUAUUUGAUGAGGAGAAAGAAACGGGUAUCACUUUCCUAGAUGAAAGUAUCCACUCUUGUGUUCUCAUAUCCACACUAUCCAUGAUCAAGCGUGAUGGAAAUCCCACAGAUUGCUUUCUCACAAGUCAUUGCUCUGGGGAUCCGCAUCCGCUGAAACGAGGCUCGGAGACACUUUUUAUCAACGCCGCCAUGGAGGGCUCCCAGGAUCUUUUGAUACAACCACCGUGGAUUGUCGAUAUCGAGCUUCCAGCAGCAGCAGUCUGA